UCCAGAAUCAGUAGCUGGUAUUCUUCCCUUUGAUCCUUUUUAGGCAGUUUGAGUCUUGACACUUUGAAAUGCGCCGUUCUUUUAAGUUUAACUUUGGUUUCUGCUCCCACUAGUAACACCUACAAUCAGAAACUGUCUCCGCUUUCAGUGCGCUGUUGAAUGUUUGAGAGAUGUCAGUUUGAGCUGACUAGCUUAGAACACUGACUGAUUUUGUGAUAUUUAUGAUAAUUUAUCGUUAGUCAGUGGUGGUAGCGUUUGUUACAGCUGCCGCUGUAAUUUUACAACGAUGAGUUCUUCGUCCGAACAAAAUGGAGGAGAUAGUACUGCUGCGAUUCGGGAACAACCAGACCAUUACACACCUACGUGCCCCGAGCAUGUUGCAGAAUCACCACGUGCCAAAGACCUUUCAGACACCACGAAUCCUUGUUGCGAAACGUCAAACUGCACGUGCGCGCUACCUGGCAGUUCCGCGCAGUCGACCCAUAACGAUGGGACUCUCGGAGCAAACGAGCCGCCCAGUACGGAGUCGGGCAGUUCGGAGGAGUCCAGCUCGGACGACGAAGAAGACGCCAUCAGCGUCACACAUCUCUACCGUCUCAUGACGUCCGGCUCCAAUCCCCGCGAAGUGGUUAAACGUCUGCUGGAUGUACCCGAGUCGGAGCAUGUUCUGGAUGAAUGCCAUGAUCGGGAUUUGUGGCGACUGCUGUUUGAGACGGUGUCCAAACGACAGAAACUCCGUCAGUACAAUACACUGCACGAUGCUGUGCAGCUGAUUAAGAAAUCCAAGAAGAUCAUCGUCCUCACUGGAGCAGGGAUUUCUGUCAGCUGUGGAAUACCGGAUUUCCGGUCUCCGAACGGAAUUUAUGCCCAGCUCAAACAGGAAUUUCCGCAGCUCGGUGAUCCCUCUCAUAUGUUUAAUAUCCAUUUCUUCCGCAAUGAUCCCCAGCCGUUUUUCACGUUCGCGAAGGAAUUAUAUCCAGGGCAAUUUCAGCCGUCCGUAACACAUAGAUUCAUCAAGGCUAUUGAAGAUCAAGGAAAAUUACUACGGAAUUACUCUCAGAAUAUUGAUACUUUGGAGACACUUUGUGGAAUUAAUAAUGUUGUGCUUUGCCACGGUUCUUUUGCUCAGGCUACAUGCCUUACGUGUGGCCAUCAGGUUGAUGCGGACUUCAUUAAAGCUGAUGUUCUUGCUGGUCGGAUACCAAAAUGCAUCCAGUGCCCAGAACCCGGACCACUCUCCAUAUAUAAGCCGAAUAUCGUCUUUUUUGGGGAAGAUCUGCCUGCGGCAUACUACCAGGCCGUAGAAGUGGAUAAGAGGGACUGUGACUUGUUGAUUGUUAUCGGGACAUCACUAAAGGUCCAUCCGGUAGCUUCCAUUCCACGCAACAUUGCCAGUGUUCCGCAAAUCGUCAUCAAUAGAGAGCCAGUGUUGGACCAUUUGUUUGACAUUGAAUUAUUGGGAGAUGCAGACGUGAUUACUCAACAGCUGUCAUACAUGCUUGACUGGAAGAGCCAUAUCAAUCAAAAUUUCCGACCGCUACACGAGAUUAGCCGGGAUGCGGCUCGUGAGCAAUAUCGUAUUGCGCGCAAUCCAGAUCCCAUGACACCGGAAGAUUUUAAUACGUGCAUUCUGCGGGAGAUGUAUGAGUCGCGCAAUUUAGGCGCAUGGCUGCCAGAAAGUCGGGAUGCGUACAUGUUUGUGCCGCCCAGUCGUUAUAUUUUCCCUGGGGCAUUGGUAUUAGAAAAAGAUCGCGAGCCAGGAAUACGUCGACUGGGAGAUCCAUUUGCUGCCUCAUCGUCCUCCUCCUCAUCGGAAUCGGAGGAGGAAAGUGCCGAAAGGGACAGAAUUGCUGAGAAAAAAGAACCCUCCCUAAUGCACCAGUAAGGGAACCGUGAAAAUGACAGUCGACCUGAAUAGACCAUGCUAAAUGAGUGGCGGGUCAUUUUCGCCUGUGCGUGACCAUUGGAACGCCUUUUUUGCUUCCCAUUUAAUGCGGUUUUUAUUGAGUGGAAAGUUUAUUAUCGAGUGUACUGCUUGUAUUCUUAUCUGUUGUUGUGUUUUUAAAGGGUUUUUUGUAUUUUGAGUGUCUGUUAAACGUAAUCGAUCUCCAAACGAUAUUUUUCUCAGACAAAUUACGUUAUUUCUUUAUUUUUGCAUGCUCCCGGUUGUUAUUUUUAAAUAUGAUAGUCUAUUACGGAUAUGUAAAUGUAGAAAAACUUGGAAUUGUCUUUGCUGUUGUUAAGCUAAUAAACAUUUUUCCGUCAA